AUGGCUGCGCUCUGGAGGCUGAGUGUCUGCGGUACCCAAGGAGCCCGAGCUGUUUUCCUCCGGACCCCAGUCAGACCUGCCCCUGUCUCAGCGUUUCUCCAGGACCGGUCAUGUCCAGGAAUGCAGCACAUUCACUUGUCCCCGAGCCACCAUUCUGGUUCCAAGGCUGCCUCUCUCCACUGGACUGGUGAGAGAGUUGUCAGUGUUUUCCUCCUGGGUCUACUUCCAGCUGCUUAUUUGAAUCCUUGCUCUGCGAUGGACUACUCGUUGGCUGCAGCCCUUACUAUCCAUAGUCACUGGGGCCUCGGACAGGUUGUUACUGACUAUGUCCACGGAGAUGCAUCCCAGAAAGCUGCCAAGGCGGGCCUCUUGGCACUCUCAGCUCUAACCUUCGCUGGCCUCUGUUAUUUCAACUACCACGAUGUAGGCAUCUGCAGAGCUGUUGCCAUGCUGUGGAAGCUCUGA